AGAAAGCAUCCGAUUUCGGUCUGGGCACGUCACUUUUCACACGUAUACAGCGUUGCAUAGAAUCGGUCACACUCAAAACCGUCGCAAAUGCCGACAAAGGCAAUAAUGUCAGCAGCUUAGAGAGCACGGAUAUUAUUUUUAGCUUACAAACACAGUAUCGCAUGCAUCCGGAAAUCUGCAAAUGGCCCAAUUCGUAUUUCUACAAAAAUGAGUUGAUCGACGAUGCCAAAACGCAUCAAUUCAAAACCCCGUUAAAACCAUUUUCAGUGCUUAAUCUCACUUAUACACAGAACGAUAACUGUCAUCGUGGUCAAAUCGCUAACGAGCUGGAAGCACAGUUUGUGGCACGUCUGGUGAAGACGCUGGAUGGUUACAUACCCAUGAAGUACAAUACAUAUGGUGUCAUAACGCCAUAUGCACAACAGCGAGUUGCCUUAGAAAAAGCUAUGCGUACGGCUGGUUAUUCGAAUGUGAUGGUGAACACCAUUGACUCAUACCAGGGCAUGGAGCGCGAUGUUAUUAUUAUAUCGAAUGCGCGUACCACUGGUAUAGGGUUUUUGGCCAAUUAUCAGCGUUUGAAUGUGGCGUUGACACGCCCAAAGAAGUGCCUUAUAUUGUGUGGAAACUUUAAAAACUUGGAGGCGGUGCCGGCUUGGCGUAGCCUUCUAUCCUCGGCGCGUGAACGUAAGCUCUAUCAUGAGCUUAGUCCCAACUGCAUGGAUGAUAUGCAUAGAACUGUAAUUCCUAAAAUCAAAGCUUCUAAAGCAAACACCGCUACAACAGAAGCUACAGCAACAGCAACAACAACAACCAAAGAAGUAACAACAGUCGCUACAACAACAAAACAAAGUGAACAAUAAGUACAAUGUAGAGAUAAAAGUUAAUGAAAUGGAAACUGAGCUGUAAAAUGUAGUCACUAUGCUUUACACUGUACGACACUCGGCUGGGUAUUGGGCCAAACCAAUUUUUUUGCUACAGAUUGAGUCAGUAAAAAAGUAGUUUCUCCGUUUUUCGAAGGAAACGUCGAAAUCGAAAUAUUUGACUUCGAAGUUCAAAAUUGAGUACAUCAAUAUAAUUUGUGGUAUUUCGAUUUUCGAAAUUGGGCAUAUUGAAUACUUCAUUAUUAUUUUUAGUAUGUAAAGGUUAGAAUAUGGACAUUAUCCACGUUUUCUUCUUAUUUCAAAAGUGUAUGACACUUUGUGGCAGAUUUUUAUACGCAAAUCUGCCUUUGAUCAUUGCUUAAAUUCGAAGUCAAAUAUUUCGUGUUCUUUUUUCAAAUUCGAAAUUCAUAGUCGAAUAUUUAGACUUAACCUUCUCUCAAUUUCUAAAUUCGAAGUCAAAUUUUCAAUAUAGACCUUUUCUCGAUUUCGAAGUUCGCAAUUAAAUAUUUCGAUAUUGACUUUUGCUGAGUUUCGAUAUUCGAAGAUAGAUAUUUCGAGUAUGUUCUUUGUUAAAUUUCGAAACUCGAAGGCGAAUAUUUCGACUUUACCAUCACGCAAUUUCGAAAUUCGAAGCCGGAUAUUUAGACUUUAUCUUCAAUCAUAUUCGAAGUCGUAUAUUUAGACUUAACCUUUACUCAAUUUCGAAAUUCGUAUUUAAAUAUUUCGAUUUUGACCUUUGCUUAAUUCCGAAAUACGAAGUUAAGUAUUUCCACUUUGACCUCAAUAUCGAAAUUCGAGGGAAGUAUUUCCAUUUUGAUAUCAAUAUCGAAGUUUGAAGUAAAAUAUUUCGACUAUGAGCUUGCUCAAUUUCGAAGUUAAAUAUUUCCACUUUAAUAUCGAAAUUCGAAGUUAAAUAUUUCCACUUUGACCUCAAUAUCGAAGUUUGAAGUAAAAUAUUUCGACUAUGAGUUUGCUCAAUUUCGAAGAUAAAUAUUUCCACUUUAAUAUCGAAAUUCGAAGUUAAAUAUUUCUACUUUGACCUCAAUAUCGAAAUUCAAAGUGAAAGUUUUCCACUUUGAUCUCAAUAUCGAAAUUCGAAGUAAAAUAUUUCGAGUAUGAAAUUUGCUUAGUUUCGAAAUUCGAACAAAAAUAUUUCCACCUCAAUAUUGAAAUUCGAAGUAAAUUUUUCGACUGCGAAUUUUGUUAAAGUUCGAAGUGAAAAAUUUCGAUUUGGCUCAAUCUCUCGAAAAAAUCGUUUUGGCUCAGGCAAAAUUCGGCAUUGCUACAUAUACAUAUGUAUGUAUGUAUAGUGUAAUUCAUUCUCAACUCGAAAGAAUUUAUACAUUAAGCAAAGAAGGAAGGAUGUACAUAUAAUAAAUUUUCCACAUUGUUAUAAAAGAUCCACUGUUAUAUGUAUAAUAUAAAAUUGAUAUCGUAAAAUAACUGAUAAUAUAAAUAUGUAUAACAUUAUUGUAGAAAAGCUGCGUAAGCAGAAAAUUUUGACUGUAAGUAUUCAACGCAGCUCGGUCCUUAUCCGCGAUAGUAUUUUGUAUGUACUAUGUGCCAAUUAUACUAUAUUAUUUUUCUUUGUUUUUCUAAAAAAUUGCAUAAUAUACUUGCCUCAGCCUCAUAAUGCAAAUAUUAAAUCAUAACUGAGAAAAAUGAUUACUUAUAACGGGUUAACUUAAUUACUUAACUUUGUAUAACAAAUGUGAGAGUGAGCUUAUGACAAUAGUUUAAGAUUUAAUAUGAAAGCAUCGAAAUUUGUUGUACGUAAAAAAUAAAGAUUUUAUAUAUAUAAUUAACUUUAGCUUGUGUAAAAAAAAAGUUGGGUUGAAAAAUAUAAUAUAUAUAAUAAUAUGUAAGUAAAUCGACAUUUCUGCACUGUUGCACCUUAAUCAUACGUCUAAGUAUAUUAUUUAGUUUGUAUGGGUGUAAAGAAAUGUGUAAUAUAUAUAAUUUUAAGCGUCCUGCAAGAAAUAAAUAAGACUUUUUUACUUG